AUGCGCGGCGCCGCACUCCCUCUUGGACGUUCCGAACUGACAGGCACGCGUUGUGUCCUGUCAACAGCAGUAGUGCCGGGCGGGUGGUGGUGCGGCGCUGCAGAGGGAGGAGUUCAGGUCGGGGUGGCUGUCUGCGUCCUACGGCGGCUACUUCUCCGAGUCACUGGACGGGUGCACGAGGCGACGUUUCCAGAGCGCAAGACCACAAGGACGAGCGGGCGAUGGUUCUGGGAGUGGGAGCUGGUGUUGUGCUCGCACGCGGUGUGUUUCUGCUGGCACUCCAUCGAAGAAGAGAGGUGUGCUGCGCUGCUGCGGCGCUGUGCGGGCCCGUCCAGCGAGCCGAGCACCCGGUUCGCGCUCGGCGGCGGCGAUCGGGAAGACAGGGAUGGGCGUGGCGACAGCACUCUAUCCUGCUGCGAGAGAGUGGAAGCGAAGCGUCACGAGCGUCAACCUGCAACGCCGCCAUCUUGGGGCAUUUGCAGCAUUUCUCCCUCACGCGCACGCCGACGCGCCGGCCCUCACCGCUCCGCCAUCGAUCCAUCAAAUCCAUCAAUCAAUAAUGGACGGGCGACUCAUGCGCCCAUUCGCCGCACCAGCACCUAUCCCGUGCCGAUCUGCUGCGGCGGCGGCCGUCGAGUCGCCGAGGCGCGCGAGUCACUGACAGCAGCCCAAGAUGGACCGCGGCUCCUCUAA